AUGGUGGCCACGCAGCGGAUGGCGUCACCGCCAGCGGCGACGGGCGUCCACAAUACCUCGGGCUCGGAGCUGUUCCUCUCGCCGAGCCGCCACGCCAGCAGGGAGAGCGAGACGCAGGAGACCCGGCUGCUGCCGCCGAACUCGCGGGACGUGCUCCAGGUGCUGCGCAUGACCGCCUCGCCGCGGCCGUCGCCGCUCUCCGAGCGGCCCGAGUCGGAGCUGGACUCGAAGAAGGCCACGCGGGCCACGCGGGCCACGCGAGCGAAGGACCCACGGCAGGACGGAGCACCGGUCGCGCCGGCCACGCCGGCCGAGGCUGGGGCGGGCUCCAGGACGACCCGGUCCCGCGGAGGCGGUGCGGCGCAGAGGCGAGCGGUGGUGAAGGCAGAGAGGGUCCCGGCCGAGCCCUCCCCCGCCCACGUCCCUAGGCAUGACCGCGGCCGCGGGGCUGCGCCGCGCCCGCCGCAGGCGACGGAGGAGGUGGAAGAAGACGCUCCGCCAUCGUCCGCAGCCACCUCCAACCGUGGCCGCGGCCGCGGGGCCGUCCGGCGCACGACGCGGGCAGCGGAGGAGGUGGUACAAGACGCUCCGCCAUCGUCCGCAGCCACCUCCAACCAUGGCCGCGGCCGCGGGGCCGUCCGGCGCCGGACGCAGACAGCGGAGGAGGUGGAAGAAGACGCUCCGCCAUCGUCCGCAGCCACCUCCAACCGUGGCCGCGACCGCGGGGCCGUUCGGCGCCGGACGCGGACAGCGGAGGAGGUGGAAGAAGACGCUCCGCCAUCGUCCGCAGCCACCUCCAACCGUGGCCGCGGCCUCGGGGCCUUCGCCAGAACCGCCAGGACCAGCCGACGUCGAGCGGCCGAUGACGACACGGAAUCCGAUUCGAGGCAUGAAGACAGCUCUGUCGUCACUGUCUCCUCCCAAGUGUCGCUGCGGUCGGUGGGGGGAUCUCGUCGCGGCGCCUCGGCGCGCGGCCGACCCCGCGUGCUGUUUACCGGCUUCUCCAGCCCGCAAAACGAGCGCGCAGUGACGGCGCUGGGUGGCGAGAUGGUCAAGCGGCCUGCUGAGUGUACGGUUCUCGUCACGACGGAAGUCAAACGGACAAUCAAAUUUAUGGCCUGCUUCGCACGAGGCAUUCCUAUCGUAUCGCCGGCGUGGCUGACCAAGUCCAAGCAAGCAAAGUUCUUCCUGGAUCCGUGGGAGUUCCUCGUGCGCGACGGGCCGGCCGAGAAGAAGUUUGGCUUCCAUCUUGACCUGAACCUGCGCAAGGCAAGCCGCAGCGCCCAUCCGCUGCUGCGCGGCUGGUCGUUCUACGUGACGCCGCACGUGGUGCCGCCGCCGGACCAGCUGCGAGAGAUCGUCGAGUGCGCCGGCGGCGUGUUCCUGGCUGGACCGCCGCGCAGUGCGGCCGACCGGCUGCUGGUGGUCUCGUGCGUGGCCGACACGGCCAGCUGGACGGCGGCGCGCCGGCUCCACCUACCGGUCGUGUCGGCCGAGCUGCUGCUCAGCGGCAUCCUCCAGCAGCGGGUGGACGUCGACGCGCACCGCCUGUUGGCCUGAGCCGAGCGCGCCCCGCCGGCGACGGUCGAGGGGUCCCGGCCAGCGGUGGCGGCCAAGUGCCAUUGUACCUGGUUGAGCUGGCGCGAGGCAGGACGGUACAGGGGCCACAGCGGUGGUUACCAGCCGUUCUGUAGGGGCACGCGUGAGUGGUUCAGGGCGGUUUGGAGGAACAGUGUGUGCCAAGUCGAGCGCCCUCCCGUCUCUCGUGAUAUUGAUGAGAACGUGGGCUGUUUGUGAGGUGUGGUGCCAUGCACAGUGCAGAGCGACUGCGUCAGGGCUGCUCGAUAGCAUACUAACGCGGAUUGGAAUUAUGACAAGCUUCAGAUCUGCAUGUGCAUUAGGCAGGAGGACUUUUCGAUACGCUUGGCUUCCAGUGAAAGUAUCCUCGUGAACGUGCGACAAAAUGAAGUGUACCUGAUCAUGGGAUGUGGAAGGUUGGAUGGGAUAAUGUGGGAUUAUUUUUAGUGAUAUGCGAAGUGCUGUUGCAUGAGUAUGUGUGUCUUGUCCUUGCGAGGAAAAUAAA